AGCAGAACCAGAGCUGCUGGUGCUGACAGAAGCUCGGGGUGGACAUGAAGAUCUCCUUGGCCCUGCUCAUCCUGCUGCUGGCAGCUGCCUGGACUGGAAGCCAGGGGAUGUCCUUCCGCAGCUCCAGACCCAAGUGCUGCUCCAAGGAAAUGUUCUCCCGCCGGAAAAUCCCGGAGUUCAGGAUCCUGGGCUACCAGGAAACACCAUCCACCUGCACCCACAGGGCUGUUCUAGUGAAGCUGCUGACGGGGAUGGUCUGCGUGGACCCAAAGAAGAAAUGGUUCCAGGAGUACCUGAGGAGGCAGAAGGAGCCAAACAGCAUCUCCACGUGAAGCUGCCUUCCCCAAACCUCUAUUUAUUGUACCUCGUGAUUCUCUGUGUGGUUUUUGUGUCAUUAAUUUACAGAGCUG